AUGAGAGCUGUUAAGACAUCAAUCAAUAGCUCAUCUCAAGUGUCGACCCCAGUAGUCAAUAAGGAGUUUCAUUUUUAUGGAUCUCCUAUAAAGAUCCCCAUUGAGGCAUCGAUUCAGUGGCCAAAUCACGACAUUUCAACACUCAAACUGUUGCAAGUGAUCCAUAAACACGGGGAACGAUCACCUAUGAGUUGGACACCCAAUGAUCCCUAUCAUGACAUCAAGUAUUGGCCGGAAGGCUUGGGUGAGUUGACUGCCAAAGGCAAGUAUCAGAUGUAUAAAAUCGGACAAUUUAUACGCAACGAGUAUAAGACAUAUUUCGGAGACAACAUAUCGCCGCGGGAUGUCUACGCCCGAAGUGCCGCUUCAAGUCGUAGCUCUGAGAGCUGUUCGGCAUUAUUAGCCGGUGCUUUCCCACCGACACAACAACAAUGGCAAUGGGAUGUCGGCAAUGAUACCCAAUUAGCUCAUGUUUGGCAACCCAUUGCCAUCGAAACAUUUCUUCCCGAGAAAGAUGAUUUGGUCUGCAAUGAGGCGAGACAUUGUAAGGCCGUAAACGACGAAACGACCCGUAUUUACAGUCAGUCAGUGGUCAAGGAAUUUGAGGCUAAAUAUAAGGAUUUAUACGAUAAACUAACAAAAGGUGUCGGAUCUAAAAUAGACGACAUUUGGUCUGCAUUUGACUUAUACGACACACUCAGUGCUGAAUUGGAUAACAAUUACUUCUGGGAUAAGACAUGGACUAAGAAUGAAGAAACAGAUUUUGUCAAACAAUUGUAUUACUCGGCACUAAACGGUCAGAAAUGGGAUUAUGACAGUCCAAUCAUUAAACAGUUAAGAACCGGUGGAUUAGUCAAUGAAACUAAUGGUAACUUUCAGAAAGUGGUCGACAAUAAAAACACCAAAAAAAUCUAUAUAUACUCGACAUAUGGCGCACACGUCAGCGCUCUGAUGCAGGCAUUGAAUGUCUUCGACGACGUUAUACCACCAAAUGGUGCGACACUUCUGUUUGAAUUACACACAAAAGACAAGUCAUCCGAUUAUUUCGUGAGAAUCUUCUAUCUGAACUCGGGUUCACCACAACCGGGAACUCCCGUUCCUUUGAUUUUUAAGGACUGCAAUAACCAAACCGAUUGUAAACUUGAAAAAUACUUUCAAUCAAACCAACACUUACUAUUCAAAGAGUCCCAAUUUGACACACUUUGCAAAAAUUAA